AUGGCUGACACGGAAGCUCCAGUUGUCCAAAGGAAGCAUAGAAAAUCAGUAGCGUUUAGUGAAGGGACUACGAUCAUGGAUGCAAAUGGGGCUAUCUCUGAGGCUAACCAUGCCGACAAGACUACUGCUGAGAAGCACACUGCCACCUCUCCAGACAAGGAGGUCGACGAAGUAACGGAGCUUUUCAAAGGGCUCUCAAAAAAGAAGAAGACAAAGAAGACAAAGGAUGCAGACGCAGAGCCCUCCGCGGACGCCGAGUUCGAUCCCUCGAUGAUGAAAAAAAAGAAGAAGAGCAGUAAAAAGGCUGCCGAUGGAGACUUCGAAGCUAAACUUGCCGAAGCUGGUCUGACUACCGAGGAAGCUGCGCCAGAGGACAAACCUUCAACCGAGGAGAUCGUCAGCGACAUCGAACAUGGCAGAGGCAUCUGGGCUCAUGAUGCCACACAACCCGUCCCUUAUAACCUUCUCGUUACUCGCUUCUUCACCUUAAUUCACAGCCACCAUCCCGAUAUUCUUUCAAGCGGCUCCAAGUCCUACAAGAUCCCACCGCCCCAGUGUCUGCGUGAGGGCAACCGGAGAACUAUCUUUGCAAAUAUUACCGAUAUCUGCAAGCGUAUGAAGCGAUCUGAAGAUCACGUCAUGCAGUUCCUGUUUGCUGAGUUGGUCACCAGCGGCAGUGUGGACGGAAGCAGGAGACUAGUCAUCAAGGGUCGCUUCCAGCAGAAACAAAUUGAGAAUGUCCUGCGAAGAUACAUCGUCGAAUAUGUCACUUGCAAGACGUGCCGCAGUCCAGACACGGAACUCAACAAGGGCGAAAACCGUCUUUAUUUCGUUACAUGCAACUCCUGUGGCAGUAGACGCUCCGUCACUGCAAUUAAGACUGGUUUCCGUGGCCAAGUCGGAAGGCGGAAGAAGCAACAGGGCUAA